CGUGUGACUGAAGGAAGUGAUGAAACAGGAAGUGGAACCCUCCUCAACAGGAUCUACACUGAGCUCUACAUCACAGAGGGACAGAGUGAAGAGGUUAAUACCCAGCAUGAGGUGAGGCAGCUUGAGACAGCUUCCAAGAAGAAGACCCUCCAUGACGCUCCAAUCAGGUGCCAGGACAUCUUUAAAGCCUUACCUGGCCAACAGAGAGCCAUCAGAGUGGUUCUGACCAACGGCGUCGCUGGCGUUGGAAAAACCUUCUCGGUGCAGAAGUUCACUCUGGACUGGGCAGAGGGCUCGGAAAACCAAGAUGUCGGUCUGCUGGUUCUGCUCUCGUUCAGGGAGCUGAACUUGAUCAAAGAUGAGCGGCACAGUCUCCUCACGCUGCUCCAUGUUUUCCAUCCAACAUUACAGAAGGUCCCAGCAGAGAAGCUCGCCGUCUGGAAACUGUUGUUCAUCUUUGACGGCCUGGAUGAAAGCAGACUUUCAUUGGAUUUCCACAACAGUGAGGUUGUGUCUGAUGUCACACAGAAGUCAUCAGUCAACCUGCUGCUGACAAACCUCAUCGAGGGGAAUCUGCUUCCCUCGGCUCUCGUCUGGAUAACUUCCCGACCUGCGGCAGCCAAUCGGAUCCCUCCUUCGUGUGUCGGCAGGGUAACAGAAGUACGAGGCUUCACUGACGCCCAGAAGGAGGAGUACUUCAGGAGGAGAGUCAGUGAUGAAGAGCUGUCCAGCAGAAUCAUCUCACACAUCAAGACCUCCAGGAGCCUCCACAUCAUGUGUCUAAUCCCAGUCUUCUGCUGGAUCACUGCUACAGUUCUGGAGCACAUGUUGACUACAGAGCAGAGAGGAGAGCUGCCCAAGACCCUGACUGACCUGUACUCACACUUCCUGCUGGUUCAGAUAAAGAGGAAGAAGCAGAAGUACGAUGAGGGACAUGAGACGAGUCCACAGGAGCUGACGGAGGCUGACAGGGAGGUUCUUCUGAAGCUGGGGAGGCUGGCGUUUGAACAGCUGGAGAAAGGAAACAUCAUGUUCUACCAAGAAGACCUGGAGCAGUGUGGUCUUGAUGUCACAGAGGCCUCGGUGUACUCAGGAGUUUGUACAGAGAUCUUCAAAAGAGAGUGUGACUUCCAGAAAACAGUCUACUGCUUUGUUCAUCUGAGCGUUCAGGAGUUUCUGGCUGCAGUCUACAUGUUCCACUGUUACACCAGCAGGAACUCAGAGGUACUGGAGGACUUCCUGGGGGAAGACUGGACAUACACAAUCAGUGACUUGUCUGUGGAUGAUUUCCUGCAAGAUAGUGAUGAUGAUAAGGAUGACAGGGAUGAUUAUCAUAACUCAACCCCUGAUGUCUUCCUGAAGAGAGCCAUGCAGAAAUCCCUCGACAGUAAAAAUGGCCACCUGGACCUGUUUGUUCGCUUCCUUCAUGGCCUCUCUCUGGAGUCCAACCAGAGACUCUUAGGAGGCCUGCUGGGUCGGACAGACAACAGUCCAGAAAUCAUCCAGAGAGCCAUCAACAACCUGAAGGAGAUGAACAGUAAUAAGAUCUCUCCUGACAGAAGCAUCAACAUCUUCCACUGUCUGACGGAGAUGAACGACCUCUCAGUACAUCAGGAGAUCCAAGAGUUCCUGAAGUCAGAGAACAGAUCAGAGAAGGAACUCUCUGUGUUCCACUGCUCAGCUCUGGCCUACAUGCUGCAGAUGUCAGAGGAGGUUCUGGAUGAGUUGGACCUGAAGAAGUACAACACAUCAGAGGAGGGACGAGUGAGACUGAUUCCAGCUGUGAGGAACUGCAGAAAGGCUCGACUUUCUUACUGUGGACUCUCAGAGACUCACUGUGAAGUUAUGGCCUCAGCUCUGAAGUCCAACUCCUCCCAUCUGAGAGAGCUUGACCUGAGUAACAACGAUCUGCAGGAUUCAGACGUGAAGCUGCUGUCUGCUGGACUGCAGAGUCCACUCUGUAGACUGGAGACUCUGAGAUUGUGGAGCUGCAGGUUGUCAGAGAUCAGCUGUGCUUCUCUGGUCUCAGCUCUGAAGUCCAACCCCUCCCAUCUGAGAGAGCUGGACCUGAGUAAUAACAAGCUGCAGGAUUCAGGAGUGAAGCUGCUGUGUGGUUUUCUGGAGGAUCCACACUGCAGACUGGAGACUCUGAGAUUGAGGGUCUGCAGUUUGUCAGAGAUCAGCUGUGCUUCUCUGGUCUCAGCUCUGAAGUCCAACCCCUCCCAUCUGAGAGAGCUGGACCUGAGUGACAACAACCUGCAGGAUUCAGGAGUGAAGCUGCUGUGUGGUUUUCUGGAGGAUCCACACUGCAGACUGGAGACUCUGAGAUUGUGGAGCUGCAGUUUGUCAGAGAUCAGCUGUGCUUCUCUGGCCUCAGCUCUGAAGUCCAACCCCUCCCAUCUGAGAGAGCUGGACCUGAGUGACAACAAGCUGCAGCUGAGUGACAACAAGCUGCAGGAUUCAGGAGUGAAGCUGCUGUGUGGUUUUCUGGAGGAUCCACACUGCAGACUGGAGACUCUGAGAUUUUGCGGCUGCAGUUUGUCAGAGAUCAGCUGUGCUUCUCUGGCCUCAGCUCUGAAGUCCAACCCCUCCCAUCUGAGAGAGCUGGACCUGAGAGGAAACUACGAGCUGCAGGAUUCAGGAGUGAAGCUGCUGUGUGGUUUUCUGGAGGAUCCACACUGCGGACUGGAGACUCUGAGAUUGAGGCGCUGCAGUUUGUCAGAGAUCAGCUGUGCUUCUCUGGCCUCAGCUCUGAAGUCCAACCCCUCCCAUCUGAGAGAGCUGGAGCUGACCUGGAACAACCUGCAGGAUUCAGGAGUGAAGCUGCUGUGUGGUUUUCUGGAGGAUCCACACUGCGGACUGGAGACUCUGAGAUUGAGACGCUGCAGGUUGUCAGAGAUCAGCUGUGCUUCUCUGGCCUCAGCUCUGAAGUCCAACCCCUCCCAUCUGAGAGAGCUGGACCUGAGUAACAACUACCUGCAGGAUUCAGGAGUGAAGCUGCUGUCUGAUCUUGUGGAGAGUCCACACUGCAGACUGGAGACUCUGAGGCUGGAUGGCAGAGACAUCAGGGCUACACCUGACAGACAUGGAGGACAUCCGUCAACAUCAAACACAAAGGUCAAUGUGUCUGAGGACCAGCUGUGUCCUGAUGAUCCAGAGAGGUUGAAGCAGCAUCAGCUUCAGUUUGGAGAGGCUCUGAAUACAAAGGAGAAGUUAAGUUUCACACCUGAACUGCUGACUGAGUCUGGAAAGACUUCAUACAGGUUCAGGUGUCCUGGUCCAGGUGUGUUCCAGUGUGCUUUGACUGGACUGGUGUUUGUUGUGGCUCAGGAGGCGGAGCUGCUGUACCGGACUGUCCAAUGGGAUGAGAGCCUCCUCCAAUCAGCUGGCAAGACGGCUGCAGGGCUGCUGUUCAGUAUCAAGUGUCCUGAGAACGCUGUCUGUCAGCUCCACCUGCCACACUGUGAAACAAAGGCCGCUCUGCUGCCUGAUGGUCUGCUGUCUGUCGUCCACAUCACUGAUGAUGGAAUGAGCAUCCUCGACCCGCAGGAGAUUACAGACACUCAUGUGGUUGUCAAAGUCCCUCACCUCUCUGCCUUCGGCCUAGUCUGGGAUAUCAUUAAGAGGUUGUGGACGACACCAGUUUGUGGCCAAGUUCUGCUGUUCCUCAGACCACCAAACACAGAAACAGACACGAAAAUCCUAAAUGUGCUUCUCCUGCCGAACAACAUCCCUCUGGACGAGGUCAGCAAACAACAGCAGCCUUAUAAGAACAUCAAGACUGCUUCUAAAUGCAAACUCAUCAAAGCUGAAAGUUACACUCUUCUCUGUCCUCAGGCCAAGGAAAUUCAGCCUACGGAAGAAGAUUUUGACCUGGACUUUGGACCAAAUUACCAUCCAACAUUUGAGAUCUUCCUGCCGACAGACAAACAAGAAGUGACUUUAACGCUCCAAGACCAAAGAAAUAUGGAAGUCUGGAAGCGUAAAGUUGUGGUGACAGAUCCGGCUCUGCGUGAAGAGAAUCCAGCGAGGCCUCAGAGUGGCUCCCCACGGAGCAGGUUGGCAUCAGUUCGGUCCCAGUUCGUAGAUGCAGUGUCUGAACCUGUUCUGAACCAGCUGCUGGAUCGGCUUUUGCAACGGGGCAUAAUAAAUCAAGAAGAAAUGGAUUCAACCAGAACCAGAACCAGGGCUGACGGGGCUCGAGCGGUGAUUGACAUGGUGCGAAACAAAGGAACAGAAGCCAGUUCAGCUCUGAUUGAGGACUUCAGUAGUUUGGAUCCACACUGUUCCAGAAAUCUGAAUCUGAGCUGAAGCAGAACUGAGACUCUAAGUGAGUGAACAGAAAAAAAUCUAUGUCAAAUCCAUAUGUGGUGUGAUCAAACUUUGCAUCAGUUCUUGUAGGUAAACUUUCACAGUCAGGGAUUUUGUAGAGAUUUAACAUUAAACCAAACAGGUGCUUAUGACCAAAACUUCAAAGUGAAGGUUUCACUGAAACAGAAACAGCUGUGUAGGAGGAAUACAGCCAAACUCAGCUAACAAGGUGCUGAAGUUUCCUGUCAGUCAAACCUCAGGGCAAGACUGAGCACAGCAACAAGACACAAGGUCGUUAUAGUGCAGCAGCAGUGUCUCUCCCAGGCACACAAACUGCUUUAUUAGCAGUAAGUCAGAUCAGUGUGCGGUAGUUUGUUUUUGAUUCUUCAUAGACUCAUCCUGCUCUCUACCAGCACCUCGUUGUUGUUGCUGUGUUCCUCCAGACGGAGUUCGGUGUGAACAGGAAGGACUCUGCUGGUUCAUCUCAGCUGACACCACAGGAGGCCUUUCUCACCUUUACUAAAAUGAAGUGGAAUUAUAAUUUAGCUGAAUGCUCCUGAUGAGUCUGUCAUUUAAAAGUGGUGGAAGAUGAUGAUGAUGAUGAUGAUGAUGAUGAUGGCGGCCUGAUGUGCUGCAGGUUAUCUGUGAAGUCGUCUCUUUAUACUUUGUUUUGUGUGGUGGGUUUUAGUGUUUGUUUUAUAUAUUUGUAUUGUAUUUAGUGUUUUAUGUUCAGAGUCCCUGCAGGAUUUUCUGUCUUUGGAACAUGAUCAAUAAAUGAGCCUUAAAUAGAGGCGUGAUCUCUUUAUGCAGUUACAUCUGAAUUUAAAUCAAUAGAAAAUAAGUAAAGUUUCUCACUGUUUUUUAUUCUGUUUUUUUCUUCUAACUUUUAAUAAACUGGACCAGAUUUA